AUGGUUGAUUUGGUAGGAAAAGUUGUCAAAGAGUACUAUGUAAGUUACUUAAUUGGUGAAGGAUCGUAUGGAAGUAUUGUUGCUGUAAACGAUAUGGAAGAACUGAACAAAGAAAAAGUAAUUAAGCUUGUUAAAUUUGUUCACGGGAGUCAACGAGAAAAAUCAUUCAAGACGGAGCUAUCAGUUUUUCGCAAACUGGACUCUCUUGGUAAUUCAAAAAGAAAUGGAUUUCCCCAAUUUUGUGAGAAUUUUCAAGUUGACGGAUAUUAUGCAAUUGUCUUAAGCGACGAAGGAGACAAUCUUAAUGACAUUAGAAAAAGAAACAAAAAUUUAGUUUUCAAUCGUAAAAAUGUCGCGACAGUUGGAUGUGCAGUCUCCCGUUCCUUGAGUACUCUUCACUCCAUUGGCUUUUUCCACGCUGAUUUGCACGAACAAAAUCUGAUGGUUCCGGUUCCAAUUGAUAAGAUUAAUCCAAUAAAGCUUAUUGAUUUCGGAUUGAGCAAAAGAUUCAAAACUCGAAAAAGGCGUAACUGCAUCGAUAAAACGUACAAGGUACUACUUGCUGAUGAACGACGUUGUUCAUUCAACAUCGCUUGUGGCGGUGAUUAUCGAAAAAGCGACGACUUUGAGAGCUUAUUUUAUAUUUUGCUUAUCGAUCUAGGAUUAAGCUGCUACCGGGAAAACAAAGCACAGAGAUUUCUGACUAAGCUUAAAUUGCACUUUGCCACUGAAACAUUUCUCCAAAACUUGCCAUGGAUGACUAUUGUAUUCAAAUCGAUGCGUGCACAGAAUGAUGACGACUUUAACGCUGAAAUCAUGAUAAAAGCGUUGAAAGAAUCAGUUGAAUUGUUAGAGGAGGAAACGUUGGACUACACAAUUGAUGAUGGACUGAUUAAGAUUAACUGA